AUGUCUGCCUCUACCCCUCGCACCUCGCUGCGACAGGGCCUACGCCAUGCACCAAAAGUCAACCAACCCUUCAUCCCCGAUACAGCCCCUGCGCGUCGAUCACACAUCCAUCAUGGAGUCGCAUCGCCACAACCAUCAACUAGCCCCCAUCAUGUAAACAUCAAUCCGGCCGCCAAUCCCCAAAGCGCGCAGUUCACAGUCGAUAGCUGGGAAGGAACAGACAAUCGACAGGUUCCCAUGUCGAUGAGGGAAGUCCCGACCCCAGGGAACCGACCGGUCAUAUUUUCCCAUCUGCGUGACCCUUCGAAGAUGCCCCGGCAAUUGGAUUAUCAUGACCCUUAUUUCCCACUGAAAUAUCUCGAGGUUCCAAGAACGGAUCACAUCUACAAACGUGCCCACUAUGGUCUGCAGUCAGGUAUUCCAGACGAAGUCGACUUUGCGCUGUAUCACCUGGUACAAAUUUCAAAUCAAAGAUGGGAUAAAUUCAAAUUUGAAGGAUUUCCCUUGCUUGCGGAAACUUUGAUGCAGAAAGCACUUGACAUCACACAACUCUGCACAGGGGUGAGGUGGGAAUUCCAGUAUGAUCCUCGGAAACCGAUUGACCGUGUUAACGUGCUCAAUUCGUUACAUGGCACCCGGGAUAUUCUGGACAAAAUUGGCAAAAUCCCAGUGAACCUCCCGGAUGACAGCCUUGAGACCUACGACUUCAAUCAUCGGCUGAGAAACAUCAAAGAGGCCACGUUAGUGUUGCGAAACAUGGUGCUCCUGAAGGAGAACGCAUUCUAUGUGUCGCGGUAUGCAAAAGGUCUAUUACGGGACUUUUUGGUUAUCUUGAUCAAUGCUCCCAAUCAACCUCGACUGAAUGAAAUCAAAAAUGAUGCACUAGAUAUCGCCGAGGAGGUCACCAAGUUUUUGCGAACUGACCCUGAAGAUCCAUUGUGGAUUUCUUUGGUGAAUUGCCUUGACUCCCCAGACCGCGCCCACGUCGUGCGGUCCCUGUGGGCCUUGACACACUUCGGCACUGAGCUGGACGAUGCGGAUGCAAAUCGGGCCAUGGAAACCCUGACCAGACCGACUCUCCAGCAGAUGUAUUAUCACACGCUUCUCGACCUUGACAAGGAUAUUCUGAGUGGUGCACUGGACUUUUGGUAUCAAUACACGCUCAGUCAUGACAAUAUUGAGACAUUGAUGGAUGUCCUCAAUUUCCCAAUCGUCUUUGUUCCUCGCAUGAUCGCACUUCUGACCUAUGAAGCACGGCCUACCAAAAAGGAAACUGUUCUUCAGGAAGAAAAAGUCGCACCUCCACCUACUGACAUCCCUCGUGUAUCCCCGGAGCUUUUGGAAAAGCUCAUGGAACUCUCGGAGCCGGAGCGAAGCUCUCAAUGGCUACGUUGCUGUUUCAUCGAGGAUUCGGAAUGCGAGAUCACACAGAUCGCUUUAUGGCAAGCCUACCAAAGCCGAUUUGCAGACCCCCGUGUCACUGGAGGAGGCGUUCUUCCCGCUGCUGAGUUCAUCAAGAACGUCAGCAAUACGUUCACAAACGCCCAAGCACAGGUCAUCAACGGCCCUGGCACUGCCACCAAAUUCAUUAUCAAGGGCAUUCGACCUUUAGAAACUGCUCACACAUUUGAAGGCUUCCCUUACUCCUACUGCAGAUGGGCGGAUAACUCAAAGCCUUCAAAGAUGUGCCAGCGUGCAUUCACAUCUCCGACAGACCUUCGGGAUCAUGUUUUCGGCGACCACAUGAACCUGGAAGCCACCGACACCCCCGGCCAGUAUAAGCUUGAUACCGCAGAGUCUCCCAUCCACACGUGUCAAUGGGACCACUGUGUACGGUUCCGAGCAUCUGGGCCCAGCGCCAACACAUCCAUGGUCGCUGGUCACGUUUCGUCUCAUUUGCCUGAAGAUCGCCCCGCCGGCGCACAGCCCACGACCGCCAAGCGUGCGGUUCUCCAAGAGCGCAUUGUCCGCAAAUGGUACUAUAUGGAUACUCCGAUCAAUGAAAAAGGGGAGCCAUUCGGCGUGGCCUACAAAGCUGCAUUGGUGCUGCGCAACAUUGCCCGAGGCCUGCCGAAUCGGACCACGUCUAAAUACGGUGGACUUCCCUGGAAGAAGGCCUGCUUCACGAGUCAGCGCCCCAAGAUCGUUGAAGUCUGGGACCGCAAUCGUGCGCUGCGCAAGGAGCUUACCGAGUUAAUCAUGGUGAUCGAGAAAGAGGUAGACUAUUAA